AGUGGCCAAUCUGUCAUCAGUUAUUGACUUGUAAGCUCGUUACUGUCUCUCUUUUGCAGUUUCGAGAUUUGUAUAUUUCUCAGCAUUAUGGAUCUUUUAUACAUACAUAACUAACUUAGAGAUAGUCGAUCAUUUUCAUCACUUCAUUUCUCUGUGCUUCUAUCUAGUAAUUUCCAACUUUGCGAAAACACACAUCAUGGCGCGUACCAAGCAGGCCAAACCCGUCGAGCGCCAACCAUCAUCCGAAUACGUUACGCGCCAGGCAUCGACACCCUCGAGGAAGGCAGAUGGCACCGCGCCCCAAUCUAACGGAGUUGUCAGUAAACUAGCGCCGGCGCCGGCGCCGACGAAGAAGGAUGCCGGCGUAGCGCAGUUGGUGGUUGCCGUCGCCGGCAUAUACGGUUCCUUUCUCACCUGGGCGUACCUGCAAGAGAAGCUCACGACGACGCCGCACGGCCCGCCGGGGGCGACGGAAGUGUUCAAGUACCCGGUGUUCCUCAACACGAUCCAGUCGCUGUUCGCGGCGGCGACGGGGGCGCUGUACCUGUACGCGAGCACGCCGUCGGGGCGCGCCAUACCGCCGGUGAUACCGUCGCGCGCGAUCCUGGCGCCGCUGCUGCUCGUCGCGCUGACCAGCUCGCUCGCCAGCCCCUUCGGCUACGCGAGCCUCGCCCACAUCGACUACAUCACCUUCCUGCUCGCCAAGAGCUGCAAGCUGCUGCCCGUCAUGCUGCUGCACGUCACCGUCUUCCGCAAGCGGUACCCGCUGUACAAGUACCUCGUCGUCGCCGCCGUCACCGCCGGCGUCGCCGUCUUCACAUUGCACUCGGGCAAGGCGCGCAAGUCAUCGGCGGGCGGUGGGGGAGGAGAAAAUAGCGUCUGGGGCUUGCUGCUGCUCGGCGUGAAUCUGCUGUUCGACGGCCUCACGAAUAGUACUCAGGACUAUAUUUUCGGUGCUUUCCAGCCGUACUCCGGACCCCAGAUGAUGUGCGCCAAUAACCUGAUGAGCACGGCCGUCACGGCCGCGUACCUCGUCCUGAGCCCCUGGCUCGUGCACACGGGCGCCGGCGAGUGGCUCGGCAUGGACGUCGCGGGCGGCGCGGGAGAGCUGGAGGCUGCGCUCGGGUUCAUGCGCAGACAUCCUGGUGUCUGGGCCGAUGUGCUGGGGUUCGCGGCGUGCGGUGCUGUCGGGCAGGUUUUUAUUUUCUACACCCUAUCGACCUUCUCGUCGGUCCUUUUGGUAACGGUGACGGUGACGCGCAAGAUGUUCACCAUGAUCCUGUCCGUCGUCGCCUUCGGCCACCGCCUCAGCCGCAUGCAGGUCCUGGGCGUCGGCCUCGUCUUCGGCGGCAUCGGCGUCGAGGCCGCCAUCGCGCGCCAGGAGAAGCUGGCUAAGGAGGAGGCGAAGCGGAAGGCGGCCGAGGGGAAGGUUCAAUGAUUUUCCAUGCUGCUAUUGGUAUCUCCUAUCUGAGUUGCUCUGCAUUUGUAUCGGUGGUGUUAGCUGCACAGUUCCAAUGAGCUGGAUGGACGCGGUUCCGUGUGUAUAUAGGAGAGGCGGGGGUUGGGACUGGACGCCGAUAUGGAUGUACAUACUGGUUUUAUGCGACUUGUAGGACUCCUUGAUUGACAUAGAUGAAUGCAAGCGAGCGAGCGAGCUACGUGUUACAUAGGAAGGCAAAGAAAAGAAAGAAAGAAAGCAAGGACAAAGCCAUGGAAGCUUGCUGAAUGGCAAGAACUGCGGAUAGAGGCCAGACUAAUGAGAUAUCUCUAAUGUUCCAAUUACUAGGUUUCAAUAAGUGAGCUGGGGAGCAUUCUUAUUGAGCCAUCAGAGGCAGAGAUUCUACGGAUUUGUUUAGAUCUCCCAUCAACAUUGAAAAAGUUGAGAAAGACGGGAUAGCAUUAUUAACGUGAAGCAAUAGAAUUACGAUCAAAACGACAUAUUUCAC